CGAGCUGUUGAGUGUGACAUUACGGUGGUAAAGAGGCCUAUAGAUUCUCGUUAGAAUUUUGUAUUUUAUUUAAUAGUUGUAUUAUUUAUUUAUUUUGCCAUGUGACCCAACACCCUACACAGUUGAUUAAACAACGAAGAGGUUUCCAAGAGCUCUGAUUUCCCACGGACAGAAGAGCCAUGAACUGCCUGCUAAGAUGGACACUCUUCCUCUGGAUAGUAAAUUCCAUUCCUUGCACUGUUGGAAUGGCGGUGAAUGAGAGAACGGAUAAGUCCUGUCCAUCUCUGAAGUUGGAAGAAGGGCGAUUUUCGGACAUUUUAAACGGCACGUUAGAAUUCACAGGGUUUGAUCUGACUGAGAAGUUUCUGCUUAGAAAAGGAACCGUCACAGACGACAGGCCGUCAUUCAGACUGGGCAGCAGCCCUCUCAUCAAGCCCACAGACCUGGUGUUUCCUGGAGGCCUGUCGGAUGAAUACUCUCUGGUGUCCACCUUCCGCCUGAGGAAGACCACUAAGAAAGAACGUUGGUACCUCUGGCAGAUUUUCGACCGCCUGGGAGACACGCAGGUGUCCGUGGUGCUGGACGGCGCGAAGCGUGUGGUGGAGUUCUCGGCCCAGGGCCUCCUGAGGAACAGCCUCCACUACACCUUCAGGAGCCGCCACCUCCACGUCCUGUUUGACCGGAAGUGGCACAAGCUGAGCCUGUCAGUGCAGAGCAGCAUGGCCUCGCUCUACGUGGACUGCGUGCUCGUGGAGAGACGCCCCACGGACGAGAAGGACGCCGUGGACGCCAGCGGCCGCACCGUCAUCACCACGCGCGUCCAGGACGGCAGGCCGGUGGAUAUUGAGCUGCUCCAGAUCCUGGUCUUCUGCGACCCCUACCUGGCUGAGCUGGAGACCUGCUGUGAGGUUCCUGGCUCCAAGUGCAUGCCCAGGGAUGGCUCCGAGGGCACCGUGCCCCCUCAGGAGCCGGCCCAGAGGUACCAGAUGCUGUCCCUCCACCCCCACCGAGUCUCCAGGCUCCCGCAGACCCCCAGCGACAGAUGCCAGUGCUCAGCAGAGAAGGGGGACCCCGGGGUUCCAGGGUCAGCAGGGUUGCCUGGACAGAAGGGCGACACGGGAGACAAGGGGGAGGUCGGCCUACAGGGAACUCCCGGAGACAAGGGUGACCCGGGUACCUCAGGUGCCCUGGGGCAGAGCGGCACUGCUGGACAGAAGGGGGAAACGGGAUCUCCCGGAGAACCAGGCCAGGAGGGGAAACCAGGAACCAACGGUCUGAAGGGAGACCAGGGACUACCUGGCCUUGCUGGCCCUACGGGGGGCAAAGGUGACCCUGGACUUCCUGGUCCCCCUGGUCCAUGUACCGAAAUCGAAGGCCUUAAAGGAGACCAGGGUCUGGCUGGAGCGUCAGGAGACAAGGGAGCAGCUGGAGAAACAGGCCUGCAGGGUUCUCCAGGGAAGGAGGGCAAGAGGGGAGACCCGGGGAUCGCUGGGGAGAGGGGGGUCCAGGGAGAGAGGGGCAUCCAGGGAGAGAAGGGCAUCCAGGGGGAGCAGGGCUGGACAGGAGAGCCAGGCCCGGUGGGGCCUCAGGGGUACAGAGGAGACCCAGGGCCCCCUGGCCCCCUCUCCACAUCCAGCCUCCUGAGUGAUGCCAAUUCCAUGGAGGAAAUAAAAAUGUUUAUCCGAAGUGAAGUGCUGAGGGUGUUUGAAGAGAGGCUGUCUAACUCCGCCGCGCAGCAGAAGACACCGGCGGCCAUCUUGGCAGCGCAGGUGCGGCACGGGGCCCCCGGCCCGCCUGGUACCACCGGCCCCCCAGGGGACACGGGGCCCCCAGGACCUCAAGGGUAUCGAGGGCAGAAGGGGGAGAGAGGUCAGCUGGGUCUGGGGAUACCAGGAGCUCCUGGACCCACCGGACCUCCAGGUCCACCAGGGGGCUCCACUCAGGGCCCCCGCGGCCUCCCUGGAGCCCAAGGGAGGUGUGACCCCAGCGACUGUCUCCACCCCUCCCCCCACUCCCUGAGGAACGGAUAACCCCUUCUCCCCUACCUCACCCCGCCUCACCAAGUCAGGGGGCUCCUUCAUCCCCCAUCCAGCCAGGGGCCCCUCCACCAAGGCUCUACCUUGACCUGCACCUACCCCUCCGCCAGCCAGGGUCAGGGGUCACUAUGAGAGGAGGCAUCCCAGCCCCUCAUCUCCCAGCAUCGCUACUUCUCCCCGUAUCCCCAACUCUGAGCACCUACUGUACCAAUUACUGCAGAGCUUCAAGCGAAUUUCAAUAGAUUUUGUUCAGGUUUUUAAACAAUUCUAUUCAUGUGAAUAUGAUAAACAUCCUUCACUGUAAUUAUAAUCAUUAUCUAUGAUAGGCUGUUAUGUGCUUCUAAUUUAUUUCUCGUUUUCACUCUCCCACCGUGACCUAAUGCAUUCCAUAGUGGUUCAUAUUAUUCUGAUUCAUAUUAAGUCUUUCAAGACCGUGAAAUGAAUUUGUUUCUUUAAGUAAUUCUGUCUGAAAAACAUUUUCUUAAUGAUUUCAUGCCUCUUCAGUGGCUGGCUGUGUUCACGUCUGGCCACUUUCAGAUAACUUAUUGUGCUUGACAACAAGAAGUUGUUGUUGUUGUAAUGUGUGUGUGCGUGCAUGUGCACAAGUGUGUGUGUGUGUGUGUAUGUGUGCGUGCCCAAGUGGGCAAGCACGCCUGGGAAAACGUUUUCUUUUAUGCUUCUGAAUUUAUGUAUGCCGAAGUGCUGAUCUGAUUUAACUGACCAUCAGUAACGCCUGCUAGCUGAGACAGGACCUAUUUGUAGAAUGCGUGUGUGACCUUUUAAGGGUGGCUGUUGUUCGUCCCAGGAGACUUGUGGUUAGAGUCAGCCUGUCGGGCCUCUAGGUUUGAAUUUGACAGGCGCUGGGAUCUGUUUCAUCUCCCCCCACCAUCUCUACAUAGUAUAUCUCCCCUCACCAUCUCUCCAUGGUAGAUCUCCCCUCACCAUCUCUCCAUGGUAGAUCUCCCUCCCUCACCAUCUCUCCA